AUGUCUAAUGCAAAUCGUCAUGUUAAACUGGAUGAGGUGUGGGAGAAAUUAUUAGAUGGAAUUAACCAUGUUUAUCGAUUUCAGUCGAUGAAAAAACCAGCUUAUAUAUUACUUUACACUCAUGUUUACAAUUAUUGUAUCAGUAGUCCAAAUCAAGUGAAAACACCUAUAACCUCUUCGAAAGGAAAUCUCGGCGAUCUCAAUCGUAACUCGACUCAGCAAGGAGCACAUAUUGUUGGAGGAGAGUUGUACAAUAAACUGAAAAACUAUUUAACAGAUUAUCUCGAAGAUAUUUGUCAGAGUGGAAGUGAUUUGCAAGGUGAAGAUGUUCUACGAUUCUAUACAACACGUUGGGAUAAAUAUCAAUUUUCCAGCAAAGUGAUGAAUGACUUUUGUUCGUAUAUCAAUCGCCAUUGGGUACACAGAGAGUACAAUUCUGGACGAAAAGAUAUUUAUGAUAUAUACACGAUGGCUAUGGAAACGUGGCGGAACGUUGUUUUUCAACCAUUGUAUAAACAUGUAACACAGGCUUGUCUUGAUUUAAUCAAAUCUGAACGAAACAAUGAAAUUAUCAACACUCGUAUAAUAAGUGGAGUCAUACAAAGUUAUGUUGCUCUCGGAUUUACCGAAGAUACAUCGAACAGCAAUCAAAUGAUAUUACCCUCGUUAGAUAUCUACAAAGAUUUCUUUGAAAUACAAUUUCUUCAAGAUACGGAACAGUUCUAUCAACUAGAAGCUGCUACAUUUCUCGUUCAUAAUUCAGUCACAGAAUAUCUACGAAAAGUCGCGCAACGACUUGACGAAGAAGUCCAUCGUGUUCAAUCCUAUCUUCAUUCAUCGACAUUACCAGCGUUGGUUAAAAAAGUCGAAGAGGUUAUGAUUCGUGAUCAACUAGAAGCGAUUUAUACCGAAGCCAAAAAUCUUUUGCGUGACGAACGCCACCAAGAUUUAGCACUGCUGUUCAAAUUAGUAAGUCGAGUGCCGAAUGCUACGUUGGAUUUGAAACGAAUCGUUGAAAAUCAUGUUUAUGAAAUUGGUUUUCAAACGAUCGAACGUGUCCAUGCGACAGCGAUAAACGAUCCUAAAAUAUACAUCGAGACCAUUAUUGAUAUUCAUAAGAAAUUCUUAGCACUGGUACAAGACGCAUUUGGUGGUGAACAAGGUUUUACCGCUGCUCUCGAUAAAGCGUGUGGUAAAUUUAUCAACAAUAAUCUUGUCACUCAAACAGCUGGUAGUACCACAAAAUCACCCGAAUUAUUAGCUCGAUAUUGUGAUGCAUUGCUAAGAAAAGGAAGCAAAGCGGUGGAGGAAACUGAUCUGGAAGAAAAAUUCAAUGAAAUUAUGAUUGUUUUCAAUUACGUCGAAGAUAAAGAUGUCUAUCAGAAAUUUUACGGUAAAAUGCUAGCCAAACGUUUAGUUGGUCAAUUGAGUGCGUCGGAUGAUUACGAAGAAUCAAUGAUUUCAAAGUUAAAACAAGCAUGCGGUUUCGAAUACACGUCGAAACUACAACGAAUGUUCCAAGACAUUGGUGUUAGCAAAACUCUCAUAACCGAAUACGAAAAAUACUGUGAAACUAAUCAUAUUAGUAAUAAAGUCGAUUUUUCUGUUAUGGUACUCAGUUCCAAUUCAUGGCCAUUUUCUACUUCUCCAGCUUUUGCUCUCCCACUAGAAUUAAAAUCCACAUUCGAUAGUUUUACGGACUUUUAUACACAUCGACAUAACGGUCGAAAGUUAACAUGGCUUCAUCAACAUUCAAAAGGAGAGUUACAAACAUAUUUUACAUCUCAGAAGUAUACUUUACAAGUAUCAACUUAUCAAAUGGCUGUUUUAUUACAAUUUAAUCGAGCAGUAACAUGGACAGUAGAGCGAUUGCAAGAGAAAAUAGAAAUUAAACUUGAACUUCUCUCGCAAAUUCUUCUCGGUUUGAUCAAAAGUAAACUUCUGGUUUGCUCUGAAAUCAGUGAAGACGAACUGGACGAAGACUUGAAAGAAAGUGAUAUCAAAGCGACUUAUUCCAUUCGCUUAGCAACAGAAUUCAAAAGCAGAAAACUACGACUGAAUCUGAAUGUUCCGUUGAAAUCGGUCGAACAAAAAGAUAUCGAAGGUGUUCAUCGAACGAUUGAUGAAGAUAGAAAAAUGGUGAUUCAAGCCGCUAUUGUACGAAUAAUGAAAGCGCGACAAACAUCCAAACAUGCGCUGCUCAUGCAAGAAGUCAUCCAGCAACUAAAUUCGCGUUUCCGUCCGAAAAUUCCUGUUAUUAAAAAAUGCAUUGACAUUUUAAUCGAAAAAGAAUAUCUCGAACGACAAUCCAAUGAAAAAGAUGUCUUACGCUACUUAGCUUAG